AUGAACGCUGCAGGCCAAGCUUCUCAUCAACCUCUUCUCCAGGAUUCCAUCGAUGGCUUCUUCCAACUCAUCACGGUUGUCUUUCUUGACAGUAUCGUCUUCUUCCUGACACUCGGCUUCUGCAUGCUGGCUCCAAGAAUAUUUGUCCUUGCCGUUAAGCUUCUCACGCGAUGGACCAUCAAUGCCGAAAACCAGAAGGCUUUGUGCUUCAUAUCGGGUUUCUUUUUUGCACUCAUGCAUCUAUUCAUGACUAUCCUGUUUAGUGUUCAUGAUGAGGAAGGCUCCACACCCGACGCGCCUUCUGUCUUUUGGGCGGUCAUGUGGUCUACUGGGAUCGUUGUUGGGGUAGAGGGAGGAUUAUUGGUUGCCACUGUGAUUGUGCUGCUCGGGCUACAAGUCGUAGGAGUUUGA